AAUUCGUAAUACUUACAUAUUAAUUAAAGCGAAAAUAGGAUUUAAUCAAGUUUAUGGAAAUUAUAUGGCAAUUGAGUCCAACUAUUGUUCAGCAAGGAUCAGAUUUUCAACAGUAUUGAAGAAUCUGUAAGUUGAAAAGCUCAAUCCGUCUCUCCAUCCUUCACUAUCUCUUCAUCUAUUUGAAUACGUCGAAGAAUAAGAAGGAUUUCUGAUUCUGAGGGCGAGACAGAUUUGUGCACAUGAUAGAAAGAGACAGCUCUGAUUUUUUGGCGAACCUUGCAAUUUCCACGAGAGUCAAGAAAUCUCGAGUCCUAUUACUUUUUCCUUUUCUUCUUUUUCUCGCUCUUAUCUGCAGACCUGGGGGAGAAAGUAAACUGACUGAGAUAUUUGUAAUUCAGAUUCUGUUUUUCUCUCGCUCUUGGAAAUUCAAUUUAUUGCGUGCACAUAUACGUAGCAUGGUAAAAAUGGUGGACUCCUGUUAAAACAUGACACUAAAUGAACAUGCAUGAAAUUAAAAGAUGAGAAUGUGUGAGGAGUGAGUGAGCGAGUGCAAAAGUGAGUAUCUGUUCUUCUGCCCCUACACAAUGUCGCGAUGAUUGGCUGGUUUUGAAAUGUGUCAUAGAAAUGGGGAGGACAAAACCAGAAAACAGAACAAGACCAACCAGGCGUUUGCAAAGGGUGUGUGUGCAUGUAUGUAUUUGAUCAUUUUAUAGAAUUUGCAGUUUUCUCUAGUGCUUUGAUGAUGACGGAGAGCACGGUCAUGAUGGUGCUUGGCAGCAGUGUGGAGGCGAGAGAGAGAGAAAGAUAGGGAUUGGAUCGAGAUGAAGGUUUACUUGUUAGUCGGUGUUCAGACCGAGCAUGGGAGAGAGUGGUACAAGAAGAUCAAGUAGCUUUGAGUGGAAGAAAGUGGCCAAGUGGAAGAGAAAGUGGCUCUCAGUCAGCCAAUUGAGGAGAGAAUCUCCUGCCUGAUUGACUUGUUAAUUACUCUAGCGAAUUUUGUUUACUUACCUUAUUAAUUUUAGAUUUGGUUCCAUUCAGGUAGUGGGCAGACGAUGAUAGCACCAGACCAGCGAUCAAAGCGUAUCAUCACAAAUACUUAAGACGUUGAGACAAGUUGAACGAAACGUGUGGGCGAGAGUCGGACUAGUUUACUUUUACCCCGUGAAGUGAUAAUGGUGGUGAUACGGAGAAGAAGAAAGUGAUGCUCUGCAGACUUAAGGAAAGUGAUUCAUCACCAUAAUCAACUUCUACUACUGCAAUAACUAACUCUGCGGCUUAGAUAAUUUGUGAACGAAAGACGUAUAUUUCCCAAUGGGGACGAGAACGUGAUGCGAGGAGUCGGCUGAAGUUUAGUUUAUGCAGUGUGUAUGUAUGUAAGUAAAGUUACACAAAGUGAAAGUGACUGCGGCUUACAAAGUGAGACAAAGGCGAAAGUCUUGGUUGUACAUACUUAUUAGUUUGGCUGCUUCUUCUUCUUCUGGAAAACAGAGAUGUGACUUUCUCCGCCAACUCGACAACAUGACGAAUAACGAUGACUACUAUCUUAACGACACGUACCACCCACUGUACAAUUAUACGACGGAGGACUAUCUCGAUGACCCCAACCUUGAGCCACCCCCGUUCUCAUAUCCUUUCCAAUUCCGUAUCGUGUGCUACAUCUUGUACAAUUUUAUCUUCACCUUUGGACUGAUUGGAAAUCUUCUCGUCUUUUACACCAUUCAUUAUACGCAUCCAAAUAUGAAGACGGUGCAAAACUACUUUCUUGCGAAUCUCGCCUGUGGGGACUUAUUAAUCGUAAUUCUUUGCGUCCCUACCGGAUAUAUUUCCGUACUUUGGCAGUACUGGCCCUUCGGUUCCAUCGCUUGUUUCGUGCUGACCCCAAUGAAAGCCGUGGGAGUUUUCGUAUCCAGCUAUACUCUCGUCGCAUUGGCGAUAGAUCGUUAUUUAGCAAUUUUAUACCCACUCAAGAUGGGUCUCAGCAAACAACAAUGCCGCUGGAUCAUUGGAAUCAUUUGGGUCAGUGCGGUCAUUACUGCGGUCCCGGUCGCUGUAAAUUCCAGGAUCGAGGUGCAUCUGGGCAGCGGUGAGGAGAGGUGUGGAGAGUACGGAUGGGAAUCCUUCACCCAAGAACUUACGUACAGUUUGGUCCUGCUGUUUCUCCAAUACUUGUUCCCAGUCUGUGUCCUAAUCUAUACCUAUACCAGGAUCUCAUUCGUCGUUUGGGGGAAACGGUGUCAGCCCACAUUGACAAGGAGAGGGUCAGGGCAACGAAGCUGGGCGGGUGGCGUCCGCAGUGCGGUCAUUCAACAACCAAGCAAAGGAAAGAGAAAGACCGUCAUCCUUUCACUCUCGGUCGUUUGUGGUUACACACUCGCCUGGCUGCCCUAUAAUAUUGUCUACAUGAUCUACAAACAUGGCCCAGAAUACAUCAUGGAUGCUGAAUUUUUCCCAUAUCUCUUCAUCAUUUGUCACCUCAUUUCAAUGGGGCACUCAAUUUACAACGUAAUUAUUUACACCGUCAUCAAUUCGAGGUUCCGAAGAAGCUUUGCAAUGGUGGUGAAGGCCAAAUGUCCCUGCUGCGUCUGUUUGAUGGGUAAGAACGAGUACAACUUCAGAGGCAGGGGCAGCAGCAGCGUGUGCGGGACGGAAAGACGAAGGGUCGAAAGUCUGGCGGACAACAAUCGGGCGUCCUCCGUAGAAAAGGACCUCAAGUUGAAGAAUGUGAAGGUGGGGACGCCCAGUGUGGGGGUACCUUUGUAAAAAAAUAUCUAAUGGGUUCACACAGUGAGAGAAAUGGGAGACUGAUUUAUUUUAUUGGUGGGGAAAGCAUUAUGAUAAACUAUAAUUUUGUAAAUACAUUAAAUAAAAUAUGUGCGUAAUAAAUUAUAUUGCUUUCAGUGU